AAAAAUAGAAACAAGGUCUGAAGGUUUUUCCCCUGACCAAUCUCCUAAUCCAGACUCCAGUCCAGUAGGUGGCGGUAAUGCACGUUUAAACUUGUUGAAAAUCCGCAGAGAAGGAAGCCCAGUAUUGACUUUAGCGGCUAACGUUAGCUUGUCGACCCUAAACAGAGAAAGAAGCUCUUUUUUAAAACAUCUAUAAAGACGUUAAUUAAAGCGACUGAGGCAUGCCCCAGAAAGACCCGUGUCAAAAGCAGGCAUGUGAAAUUCAGAAGUGUUUACAAGCUCACAGGUACGUGGAGAGAAUGUGUGACCAUGUGAUCCAGGAGAUGCGGAGAUGCUGUGAGAAUCGGGCCGGGAAAUCCGUGUGCUGCUCCGGCUUCAGGGAGCCCAAACCUGCGGAGGACAAGACGAAAACAUUAUAAACUUCACUUAUUUAAUGUCAUGACGUCACAUUGUAUCAAUUUGUUGUCUGACUAACCUUGUGUUAGAAACAUUGCAAACUGUUUGUUUGUUUCACCAUGUGUAAGAUUAUUAUUGUUAUUAUUAAAGGGAGCCUGGAAAUAUCCAGAUUA